AUGCGGAUUUUCCCGGCUCGCUCUCUUCCUGAAACGGUUCCAGACCUGUACACAGCCAUAUGGUUGUGCAUCUUAUCACGUCAUCGACAAUUCCACGGUCAUUUAAGACGGGCAUCAAACCAGCGCCAGGAACUUGAUGCAGAGUCAUAUGGCGAUGCGCUCCCGGAGGACAUUAAUACGUAUUCUGCUUCCCAUGAAAAGCACGUGCCCGUAUCCAGAGAACCCCCGCAUAUGGCAUACACGUACUUGGCCAUCAUGCUCGGUUCCAUCUGUGGUGUUUUGGCACGGAAAGGCCUCGAGCUGCUCACCACUUAUGACGGCUCGUAUUUAGAAGGCGUAGUUUGGGCAAACUUUGUGUCGUGCAUAUCCAUGGGUAUGGUGGCCGAAUCCGAGAAAAUAUGGGCCCGUCUCCUAGACGGCACUGCCCACCUGGCACUCUACGUUUCCAAGGCGGCAGUGCCGCUAUAUGUGGGCAUCGCCACGGGCUUUUGUGGCUCAUGCUCGAGCUUUUCGAGUCUCAUAUUGGAAGCGUUUGGAAUGGCGGCAAAUCUCCCGCCAAACUCCGCCAGCUACCCGACGGAAGGAUAUGGAAUUCUAGGGGUCAUCCAGGUGCUCGUGGCUCAGUUGACCGUUUCCGUGGGCGGCUUCCGCGUGGGGUCCCAUAUCACUCUUGGGAUCGAGAAAUCGGGCUGUUCGUUCAGCCCCAGGGCCUACCGAAAAGCGGAGAUUUUGUGUGCGGGGCUCGCGGUGGCCAUGUACACUGUGGUGGUGGUGCUCGUGGCCACGAAAAACGACGGGCAGUGGCGGUCCUGGACGUUUGCAUGUCUUUUUGCGCCUUGGGGAGCGUUCUUGCGAUUCUGGCUCUCCAGGUUCUUGAACCUGCGCGUGAAGAACUUCCCUGUGGGUACUUUUGUGGCCAACUUGGGCGGCACGGUUCUCUUGGCCAUCCUCACGUUGUUGGCUCGCGGCAGAUCCGGCCGUUUUAGCCCGGUGCCGAUCGUUUCCAGCGUCUUGAACUGCCAUGUUCUUUCCGGUUUGGGCGACGGUUUCUGCGGAUGCUUGACCACGGUCUCCACGUUCAUUGUCGAGCUCUGUGCAUUGGGAAAAUUCCAUGGCUAUGUCUACGGCAUGGUCUCCAUCUGGGCGAGUUUUGUGGCCAUGUUGUUGGUGGUUGGCUCGUACAACUGGACCGUGGGUCUUGUUUCGCCAGUCUGCUGA